GGAAGACCACCCCCCCCCUCUCGCGGCCCCUAUUCCUUGGUGCAUUGGAUUAAGUGUCUUCCUCCUUCCUUGGCUGGUGGUGUCUUCUCGCCCGCGGUCGCUUGCUCUGCCUUCCUUCCUCCCCCCCCCCCACCCCGGCGUGAUUAUAUGCUUCAAGGGAGAGGCGAACCCCCCUCGUGCCUCCUCCUUUCCCAGCCAUGUCGGCGACAGCGAUCUCCGCCGCGGAGAAAGUGGACGGCUUCACGCGGAGGUCGGUGCGCAAGGCUCAGAAGCAGAAGCGAUCGCAGGGAUCUUCGCAGUUCCGCACUCAAAGCAGCCCCGUGGAGCUCUUCCCGCUGCCCCAGCUCAAAGAUGCCACCUCAAAUGAACAGCAAGACCUCUUCUGUCAGAAGUUACAGCAGUGUUGUGUAUUGUUUGAUUUCAUGGACUCUGUCUCUGACUUGAGAAGCAAAGAAAUUAAAAGAGCAACACUGAAUGAAUUGGUGGAAUAUGUUUCAACACAUCGUGGUGUGUUAGUUGAAUCAGCAUAUUCUGAUAUAGUGAAAAUGAUUGGUUCUAAUAUCUUCAGGACACUUCCACCAAGUGAAAAUCCAGAUUUUGAUCCAGAAGAAGAUGAACCUACGUUAGAAGCUUCAUGGCCCCAUAUACAGCUGGUGUAUGAAUUUUUACUAAGGUUUUUAGAAAGUCCUGAUUUCCAACCUAGCAUCGCAAAACGUCACAUUGACCAGAAAUUUGUACAACAGCUGUUGGAGCUUUUUGAUAGUGAAGAUCCACGAGAACGUGACUUCCUAAAAACAGUGCUUCACCGAAUUUAUGGCAAAUUCCUUGGAUUAAGAGCAUUCAUCAGAAAACAAAUCAACAAUAUUUUUCUCAGGUUUAUAUAUGAAACAGAACAUUUUAAUGGUGUUGCUGAACUACUUGAGAUACUAGGAAGUAUUAUCAAUGGUUUUGCAUUGCCACUGAAGGCAGAACAUAAGCAGUUCCUUAUGAAGGUCCUCAUCCCUAUGCAUACUGCAAAGGCUUUAGCUUUAUUUCAUGCACAGCUGGCCUAUUGUGUUGUUCAGUUCCUGGAAAAAGAUAUGACGUUAACAGAACCGGUUAUCAGAGGAUUGCUCAAAUUUUGGCCAAAAACAUGCAGCCAGAAAGAGGUCAUGUUUUUAGGUGAAAUUGAAGAAAUCCUGGAUGUUAUAGAACCAACACAGUUCAAAAAAAUACAAGAACCUCUCUUUAAACAGAUAGCCAAGUGUGUGUCAAGUUCACAUUUUCAGGUUGCUGAAAGGGCUUUGUACUUCUGGAACAAUGAAUACAUUCUUGGUCUGAUUGAGGAGAACAUUGAUAUAAUUCUGCCAAUUAUGUUUGGUAGUUUAUACAAGAUCUCCAAAGAACACUGGAAUCCGACCAUUGUGGCAUUAGUAUAUAAUGUGCUGAAAACACUGAUGGAGAUGAAUGGGAAACUAUUUGAUGAACUCACAAGUACUUAUAAAGCAGAAAGACAAAGAGAGAAGAAGAAAGAGCUGGAACGUGAAGAACUGUGGCAAAAGCUGGAAGAACUAAAGCUAAAGAAUGCUGUGUCUGACCAGCCGAGCAACAUUUCCUCCGUGGCAAAUGCACAAAAUGAUCAAGUGCCAAAUGAGAGAGACAGCCUCUCUUUGUGAGGCACGUUUUAUACACAUUUUUUAAAAACUAUGUAAAAAUGCAAAAGAAAAACCUCAUCAGUAUAUUUGAAAUGGCCAUUUUUCCCCUUCUGGCAAAAUGUAAAUGAAUUUUUUUGAACUUAAAUACAAUAAUUGAAUGUGACAUUAUUACCACAGCAUAUUGUAAAUUUGUCUCUAAUCAUUGCUAUAUUGUCACUUCUGUCAUUUCAUAGAAAUGAAUUUUAUCAUCCAUGAUGUGUGUGAUUUAAUUAUGGGAGUGGUGAAAAUUAUGACUUGAAUUUUUCUCUUUUUUAUUGUGUUGCACAUAGGCAUAGAAGUCAGCUAUUUACAUUUCCCUCCAGUGUGCUUUCACAUUACUCCAGACUUUGGCUGAGAUUCUGGAAGAAACUUCUAGGUUUUCUGUAUUUUCUCAAAAUAAUGCUGUAGUUGUAUUCCUACUUAUAUGGGAGCUAGCCCCAUUGAACUUAAUAGGGCUUGCUUCUGAGUAAAUGUGUCUAGGAUUGAAUAGCAGUCUGUAUCUGAAUGAGAUAUUCAUCAUCUGUCCAUUACAGAUUUCAGAGCUAUUCCUACAUAAAGAGGUUCAGAGAGCAAAGCGCUAUGGGGAUGGAGUGUAAAUGAAGCACAAGUUAAAAAUAUGAUACAGCACAUGUGAGCUCUACGAUUGGAUAAAGAGAAACUGUCAUUGGCUUCCACUCAACAGUUGCUUUGCUGUGCUUGGCUCUCAUGUCUCUCUUUAGUGAGAAUUCAGUCAUUAUCUGUCUGGUCCUGUAACUGGGGGUGGAGCCAAUCAGUGGAGCUCCUAACUUAGCUCAGGACUCCUUGUAGAGAGCCUAGCAGUUUUUGCUUUCAGCUUGGCUCUUCAAGAUGGUCCUGUCUCUUAUUAAAGGUGCAAUUCCUAUUCGGGUAUAGAAACAUCUGUGUGACAAAACAGUCCCUUGUUUUGCUUUAAGAAAAAUACAGUGUGCUUAUUUAAGAUGGGAAGCUGACUCUAGAAGUCUUGUCUGUUUUUUACUUGAUCAGGUGGGGUGUUUUUUUUUUUUUUUUGCAGAACUUUCUAUCAAGAGUACCAUUCCAGUCUCUUAAAUUGCAAUUGUGCGGAAAAUGGUUUUGUAUUGAAAGAUUGAGGGAUUGAGCAGCAUCAAUAAAGUCUUUAUGUUUGUAA